AUGUCAACCCAAUUGUCAAGAAUAGUAAAACUUUUAACAGAAGAACCAUUAGAUGCCAUUUGUUCUGAGUCGGUUGUUUAUCUGGCGAUGGUCGAUAAUACUUUAGGCGAAUAUGAAGAUGUUAGAGAAUUGGCAGAUCGUGCAGUUAAAAAAGCAUUGGAAGGAAUAAGUAAUUCUGAUAGAAGAGAUAGAGUAUCAAUGAUUCUACCACAGAAGAGCGAUAUCGUGGGAUUUGCUAUCCCUGAGAUGUCGAGGGUUUCUGCUUCCCCUCAGCUGUGCGUGGCUGUUAUAACCAUAACAAUGAUGCACUAUUGGAGAUUAGCUUCUGAUUAUGCGCAUGCGCAAAUGGAAAAUGGAUACAAAAGCGUUAAAGGUCUGAAUGCAAUUAUGGCAUUGAAUAUGGAAAAGGAACCGGCCCAAGAUCAUGAGAGAGAGGAGAUAGAACGGAAUCUUAAUUUUUUGAAGGAAAAACUUGAUCACCCCUCAACUGAUGCUGAUGGACCUCUAUACGAUUCUCUUAAAAAGAAGAUUGAUACUCUUGAUCCCAAAGACCUUACAUGGAAAGAUCCGGAAGCGAAUAUGAUUCUUAGUGAUAAAUCAAAGCUAGUAGAAAGUUUGGAAAAACGGCAGAAAAAAACAUUUACAAAACCGCGGGAAAAUAUGAAAUGUGAUCUUCCCGAAUCAAUUCUAUUUAAGUGUGAUGAAUUUGUAGAGAACUUCGAUAGAACAAUUGUUUCGGGAAAUUCUAACAAUAUUUUCCAUAAUAAAACAUGGAAAGAAAAUGAAAGAGAUCUUGGAAAAAGAACAGGUCGAAUUCUGGACGUACUUUCCGAGAUAUGGUGCAAUCCAGCAUUCGCAACAAGUAUGUCUCGCAGUGAACAGAGCGAGGGAACUUACGUUGCGGAUGUUGUGAUGCCUUUACUUCGGGCAACCCUGGAGGAUUUUCCAGAUGGUAAUCUCUGCUUGAGCACAGCAGAGCGCCAAAGUUUGGCGAGUAAGGCUCGGAGAAAUCCCAGAAUUGGAAAAAAGCCGGAUGUCAUGGUGUUGGUGAAGCAUGAACAGAAGGUCGAUGAGCUUGUAUAUGUUGAAUGCUCCCGCGUUGUCUGCACUAAUACAAAAAGAGAUGAUGAUGCGGUGAAGCUAUGGAGGGAAGCAUUGGACGGAAUAAGUUACGUUGGCACAUCAUGCAGACCGGCUAGCAACCAAUUUGGGAUUGUAGGAAUUCAAGUCGCUAGGGAGGUUGUGCAUUUAAAUGUCCUUAUGUUGGAUGGUGCUGGAAUACCUCGGUAUUUCCACCUUGAUCAAGCAGAGAUACCACUGACAACAGAUACACCGUGGCGCGUGAAACCUCUUAUACGCCUAUUAUUAACUUUGAGGAAUACCCUGAUCGUGAAUAAGAGUUUGCUAAAGCGAGCACUUGAGCAAGCAGAUACCAAUCCACCUCGAAAUGCUCGACCAAGCCCCGCUGUUUCAUCACCAACCAGAGAAGAACAGGCAAGAACCAGAAAG